AUGGAGACUCCACCUGCGGAGGAGCUGCUGAAGAAGAUACUAGAGCUUGAGGAAAGUCAGGAGCAUCUAAAGCAGGAGAUGUCUAGGCUCAAGGUCUCGACGGAGCUCAGGCAGCGAUCGCAUUCGGUGUCCCCGCAUCGUCCGGCGAGGAGAAACAUCGGCGAGGGAGCUCCAGCGUGGAGGAAGAGCGGCGCCGCCUCGUUUCGUCACGCCUCGCCGUUGCGGAAGGAGAGCCGUCUCCAGGAUUCGAUGAAUUUGAGAGCUGGAGUUGGCGGCGCCGGACCAUCGGCCGGGAAGUUCUCGGAUAUACAGUAUUUGAAUAUUUUGCAGUCCAUGGCUCAAGCCGUUCAUGCCUUCGAUCUAAACAUGCGAAUAAUCUUUUGGAAUGCAAUGGCGGAGAAGCUUUAUGGUUACUCAGCUGCAGAGGCACUUGGGGAGAAUCCGAUCAAUGUGAUUGCAGAUGAUCGGGAUGCUGCCUUUGCGAUGAAUAUUGCUCGACGCUGUGUUCGUGGAGAGAGCUGGACUGGUGAGUUUCCUGUGAAGAGCAAAUCUGGGGAGAGAUUUGCAGCGGUCACUACGUGUUCCCCUUUCUAUGAUGAUGACGGUACUCUGAUUGGGAUCAUCUGUAUCACAAGUAACACGGCGCCGUAUCUGAACCCGAGAGAGUCUUUGGCUAAAUUAAAGUCCCAAGAAGGUCAAACGAGUUCUAUUUCUGGAAGGAAUAGUUUUGCCUCUAAGCUUGGUUUGGACUCUAAAGGAGCUGUUAUAUCGAAACUUGGCCUUGAUUCUGAUCAGCCUAUACAACUUGCUAUUGCAUCAAAGUUAUCUGAUAUGGCAUCCAAGGUGAGCAACAAGGUCAGGUCAAAAAUGCGAGCAGGUGAUAAUGGUGCUGUACUUUCUGAAGGUGGGAGUGGAGAUAGUCAUCAUUCAGAUCACAGGGACGAUGCAGCAUCAAGUGGUGCCAGCACACCAAGAGGGGAUUUUGUCCAAUCUCCUUUUGGUGUUUUCACAUGUCACGAUGAGAAGUUGCCUUCGAAACCUUACAAAGAUUCCGGUGAUGAGAAUGAUGGAAAGUCUGCAAUCUGUAAGGUUAUUACCUCAAAAGCAGAAGAAUGGAUGGUAAAGAAAGGUUUGUCAUGGCCAUGGAAAGGGAAUGAGCAGGAUGGUUCAAAAGGAAAGCCUACUCAUUCUGUAUGGCCUUGGGUACAUAAUGAGCAAGGGAAAGAUGAGUCUCACCAGAUUAAUCCCUCUUCUGUUGUUAAGUCUGAAACCCAUGCCUUUGAAGGUAAUAAGCCUAUCAAUAAUGAGGCUACUAGUUUGUGGUCUUCCUCUGUAAAUGCAAACAGCACCAGCAGCGCUAGUAGCUGUGGGAGUACCAGCAGCAGUGUUAUGAACAAGGUUGAUACUGAUAGCGAUAGCUUAGAAUAUGAAAUUUUAUGGGAUGAUUUGAUAAUUGGAGAACAGAUCGGACAAGGCUCAUGUGGAACUGUCUAUCACGGUCUCUGGUUUGGAUCGGAUGUAGCUGUAAAAGUUUUCUCCAAGCAAGAAUAUUCAGAAGAGGUCAUACAAUCCUUUAGACAAGAGGUAUUAUUGAUGAAAAGACUUAGACAUCCUAACGUCCUGUUGUUUAUGGGAGCUGUGACUUCACCUCAGCGUCUUUGUAUAGUGUCAGAGUUCCUUCCACGUGGGAGUCUCUUCCGUCUACUACAGAGGAGCACGUCAAAACUAGAUUGGAGGCGGCGUAUCCAUAUGGCCUUGGACAUUGCUCGCGGUAUGAAUUAUCUUCACUGUUGUAGUCCACCCAUCAUCCAUCGUGAUCUCAAGUCAUCAAAUCUGCUGGUAGACAGGAACUGGACCGUUAAGGUAGCUGACUUUGGUCUUUCGCGUAUCAAGCACGAGACAUACUUAACCAGCAAGUCCGGAAAGGGAACGCCUCAAUGGAUGGCGCCAGAAGUUCUUCGAAAUGAGUCUGCUGAUGAGAAGUCUGACAUUUACAGCUUUGGAGUAGUACUUUGGGAGCUUGCCACAGAGAAGAUCCCAUGGGAAACUCUCAACGCAAUGCAGGUGAUCGGAGCUGUGGGGUUCAUGAACCAGAGGUUGGAAAUUCCAAAAGACGUUGAUCCUCGCUGGAUCUCAAUAAUGGAGAGCUGUUGGCACAGUGAUACGACACUGAGACCCACAUUCCAAGAACUGAUGGAGAAACUAAGAGACCUGCAAAGAAAGUACACAAUACAGUUCCAAGCCACUCGUGCUGCUAUACUUGACAACUCUCUUCUAAAGGAUAACUAA